UUAGUCGAGGGUCAAUUCACUACUUUGUAUCAAUUGAGAGCCUCAUUCAAUAGAGGGAGUCUAGUUCAAAAUGCCUUGAUCGGUUGUUCUAGAGAAGGAUAAGUCCCUCUAGGCAAUCGACUCAAGAGGGCCUUGACUUCUUUAGUCGAGAUUCAAGGUCUAGUCAAGGAUUCUCCGCAUUGUCAAUGAAAGUGAAACAGUUUAGAGAUCAUCAAUCAUUAAUCUCGCUAGUGGCUAUGGGAAAUCAUACCUAAGUGAGUUCCCAACCUAUAAUUAGAUUAACUUUAAAUGUAGUUUGCUAGAGUAAUUAUAGUUGUUCUAUCUAAAUCUGGUUUGCUAGAUAAUGAACUGAAGCUGAGUAAUAGUAACUCUAGAGACCCGUGGAUUCAAUAUUUAUUAAUUGAGCCACUAAAUUGGAGUCCCUUUCUACGAUUACACUUGGUCGUAGUUUGGUCUUGUGUUGUAGCGAGUCAAGUUUUUUGCAUCUUUGCCGGGGAACUUUCUAGAGUAUUAGGAAAGGUAGAAGGUUUUUAAUUUAGCUUUUCUUUCUGUUGGUUUUCUUUUCCACCCUUGCUUUUCACUUGGGUGUUUUUGUUUUUGUUGGUGCAUAUUUGAAACAUGGAUCCUCAUGGCUUCUCCAACUAUUGGGGGUAUCCACCACCACCCGAGUGGUAUUAUCCCGAGACUUCCUGGAGCAACAAGGGUAGAAGACUAUGGAUUCGGGUUUCAGUACCAACCCCCUACUACGGAGAACAACCAGACCCUUGGGAACUUGAAGAAUAAUCUCCUUAUCAAGAAGAAUUCCUCCCACAACCAGAGGGGCCAUUGGAGCUAGAGUUAGCCAUGGCAGCCUUCACGGGCCAUUCUGCAGAGCCAUGCUACACUCCGCGGCCAGUUCCAAACUAUCAAUUGAGGCUUCUCGUGGAGAAUUUAGUUCGGGACACCGAGAGAUCCUUCCCCAAGACGGACCUUAUAAUCAAAUCAAUUGCUCCUCCUGUUGUUCCUCAUGAUCCUUCCUUUCUCCGUGAAUCAGAGGAGACUGUUCCUCACUCAACAAAGCAAACAAAGCGGUUUGACAAAGUUUGUGCACAGCUUUCUCAAGAUCACCUUUCUGCUACCAUAAAAGAAGAGGAGGAGGAUGAAGGAGGCUACAAGGACAUUGUGGAGCAGACAGAAGUUGUCACAGAGAACUCCCGCGAUGAUCAUGAUAAGGAAUGUCUUGUGGUAGCCAACCACACCUUCCCACAUCCCACACCGAGCUUUGAAGAGACGAGCAUGAGUAAGGAGAUGCAAAAGGAUCUCAUCGAAGAAACAGCUUGGCGACUUGCUCUCCAAUCCUUGCUGGAAGAAGAAGAGCGAGAAAGGGUGCAGAAAGAAGUUUUGGAGGAUGACAAAAGUGAAGCAGAAGGAGUUCUUAAUCUUUUCCUAGGGGUGAUACCAUAUUUUGAAGAAGGAAGGGGGAUUGAGGAAGCAAUUGGCGUCCAGGUUGGGGGCGAAGUUGAGGUGGAAGAGGCUUGCACCGGCCCUAUGUUACAAGUAAUAUCUCCACCAAACUUUGAGGAUCUAUUUUGAAAGGACCCAUUUUCAAUGUCUCUUUGCCAGACCAAGGCCACAUCGACAUCGCUUCCUCUUGGUAGACGUGAUCAUGGCCAAAUGAUGUUGUCAUAUCUGGUUUGGGGCAAUGAGACAAGAGAAGGAACAAAGGAGAGGUCUCGUG